UGUUCUCCAGGCUUAUUUGCAUAAAUUUUGUUACCACCGAGCCUUUUGGUAGUUUUUCAAAGCAAAACCGUGGGACAUGCUAAAUGAUUUUGAACCUGCUAGUGACGUUGACUGUAUAAUACGCGAACGAUCGGCAACGGUAAAUCUGAGGAAAUGUUGUUGUGAUUUGGUGCGGGCCACAAACGUGGUAUAAAAUAAUUAGCUGUGGUGUUGUCUGAAAAGGGGAGUUUUCUCAACUGAGAACAAUGACUGUGAACACAAAAUGGAUAUCAACGAGACAACUUCAAACUCUACGACUGUUUCAUGGCUGCCGAACACAACAAUGACUACAACGAGUAUCUCGGCUGUCCAUAGCUAUCCUGUAAGAGUCGUCUUGGGUGUUUGCUUCAUCCUGAUAUCGGUCACUAGCAUUACUGGUAAUAGCAUGGUCAUUCUUGCUGUCAUAUUCAGCAAGAAACUCCGAACAUCAACUAAUGUCUUCGUGGUAAGCCUCAGCUCUGCAGACCUUAUGACAGGCCUGGCAAUGCCAAUGAGUGCAGUUGCGCUGAUCUCCCCUGGUAAUAGCUGGCCGUGGUCGACGGAAGCUCCUUGUUACAACGCAGGCUUGCUUCUAUACACAAGUGCCUGUGCCAGUCUCUACAACCUCGCUUCCAUCGCUCUCAAUAGGUUGAUUCUUAUCAAGAGUCCUAUGAAAUGGUACCGUAUUCUGUACACCAAAUGCAACCUCGUUAUUAAUGUCGUGAUCAUAUGGAUUGUAGCAUUUGCUAUUCUGAUAGUCCCUCCUCUUUGCGGCAUUGGUGACUAUGGCUACGGUAAGAAGCAGCACACGUGCUCAAACCUGGAGACCCACCCGAAGGCCAAAAUGUUUGAAAGGAUUCAACUCUUCGCCGGUUACCCCCUCCCAUUAAUCAUCAUCAUAACCAGCUAUGUCAUGAUAUUCUAUCACGUCCGUCGCCACUUCAAGAAGCAGAUGGAUGCGGCAACUGACACUAAGCACGAGUCUCUCGGCUCCGGGGACAACCCGACCUUCCAGAGGUCCGGGGACAACCCGACCUUCCAGAGGUCAGACAGCACUGUCGUCAUAUGUGCCGAACGCCGGGAUCGGCUCAAUCGACAACAACUCGAGAUCACCAAAAAUCUCUUCAUUACAGUCUGUGCUUUCUUCAUCUGUAUAACCCCUUACGCAGUGGCCCUUUACUUCCCGAACAACGAGAGUUUCCUGGUGAUCGGUGGUGUGGUAUUCCUCAGCAACAGCUUCCUCAACCCAAUAAUAUACGCAGCAAAACACCCGCAGUUUAAGAGGGUUCUGCGUCUGAUCCUGCGAUGUAAAUACUCAGAGAUAGAAGAGCCGUCGGAUACCAUCAAAUACUUGACAGCCAAAUGCUGUUGCAAAUCAUAAAUAAUUGAGAGGUCAGGAUAAACAGAAGCUGGAAUUUUUUGUUUGCUUUGUUAUUAUUGAAAAUAAUCACAAUGAGGUUACUAGAUGAAACAUUGGUCUGUACCGCUUAAAAAGCUGGUACCCUGGUUUGGGGAAUCAGUCCAAAAACGAGCAAGGCCAGUUUUGUACGUUUGUGUAUAAGUUUUCAUACUUUAUAUCCAUAGCUCAGUUCGAGUUCAAAGCAUUUGUUUAUAAAAUAGUGCCUAACAAUAUUACUAUAUAGGAGAAAUACUGAUCAAAGUUAUUGGUACAAUUUUGCCCGGUUUUAAACGUAUUCAUGAACAGCAUGCUUAACCAAGAUGGCAGUACAUGUUAUAUUAAUGUUUCGUUUAAAGGUGUGAGGUUUGUUAUUAUGUAAUAACUAUUUUAUAUUAAAUACAAUUUAUCGGAAACAA